AUUUUUGUUGUGAUUUUAUGUUUCAACGUCACAUUUUCUAUGAGUUUUUUUACUGAAAAAUGUUUUUAUUGAAAUUGAUUUCUCAAAAAUUAUGUGUUCUAACAGUUAUAUUAGUUUUGUCAAUUACAUCGUUUGCGCUGUGCAACCAACAUUUGAGCAAAGAGUAUCCAGGUCUACACCACCAUAUCGAGGAUCUUGGGCGGGAUAAAGGCUAUAAAUUUCUAAUUACUGGCGGCUAUCGACCCAAAGUAGCGAAUCUGACGAAAUAUUUAGUUUCGAUAAGUCAUGCGAAUUUUAAAAAAUUUUUUGGCGACUCACAUUUUUGCGGCGGUGCCAUUAUCAAACCGAAUACCAUUUUAACUGCCGCCCAUUGCAUUAGCAAGAAAUUGUAUGGCUUUCAAAUGAUGCGUUCGAUUAUCAUUAUAGCUGGUACACCGAAUCGUCUGGUCAAAACCGAACACACUCAAAUUAUGAAAGUGAAACGUGUGGCCGUGUAUGGAGAGUCCAAAACUGAAAAAUCCGUCGACAUUGCAGUUAUCAUUUUGCAACGAAAUAUACGCAUCGACAAUGUGACAACAGGCGUAUUACCGCUCGCCGAUCACCCGCUUCGCCCUGGUGAGAAGUGUACUGUCCUUGGUUGGGGGCGCAUAUUCGAUCACGGUCCGAUGCCGGCCACAGCUUUGUACGUCGAUUUGGAAAUUUGGUCACGUCGGAAAUGUCAAUCGUAUAGAAGUUUCUAUAUGCCAUCCUUGCUAUGCGCUGGUGUGCCCGAAGAUCCCGAGCGCGAUUCAUGUGCAGGCGAUUCGGGUGGACCAUUGAUAUGUGACGAGAAAGCGGUGGGAAUUGUUUCAUUCGGCAUCGGUUGUGGCACGCCCGGCUAUCCCGGCUUCUAUACGAACGUCUACAGGUACUUGGACUGGGUAAGAGCAAAUCUUGCGAACAAGCUGCAUAUCAACUAUAUUUUAAUGGUCAAAUUGAUAUUUUUCUUAAUGUUAUUGUAAACUCAGCCAUAUCGAGGAAUAAACGUAAUUUAAAUAUG